CGCGCUCGCCGUCGCCUCAGGAAGUGACGUUGUUUUCCUUGUGGGCUCCAGAAAAACUACAAUAUUCCUCGUUUCAUACACUCCUCACUGAAUUCAUUUGUAAAUAUCGCAGAAUUCAAUAAGCAGCGUUUUGCUGGUGACGAGUCAGAGCGGCGCAGUGAAAGGUCGUGAAGAAGCCGGAAGGAAACACGCAGGUCGACUUCGUUGGCAGUGUGAAGCUUUCUCAUCCACAAUGAACAGCUACUCCGACUACGACUCUGAUGGAUACUCGUCUAAUGAAGACGCAGACUACGUCCCGUCAGAUGACAAUCUCAGCGAGGAUGACAUUAAUGAGUGUGAAAAGGAAGACCCUUUGCACAAGGACGACAAUGUCCCACACCCUGAUGAUGGCAGCAGGACAAAGAGCAAGAAGAAGCUCAUCAGUAUGAGAAAGAGAAAGAAAGGAGUACUGAAAUUAAAGCAGGAAGAGAUGGAUGGAUGUGGAGCGGAAGAGACAGUGUUGCCACAGGAAGAAGUGGUAAAACCCACAGAGGUAAAGGAGGUGGAUGACGAAAGACAGAAGAAAAAAUCUGAUGACCUUUGGGCAAGUUUCCUGUCUGACGUUGGCACCAGACCCAAAGAAUCCACAGCUGCCCCACAGUCAAGUAUCAUACAGAAGGCUGACUCUUCAGCAUCGAAGGCUGCUCCUUUGACGACAGAAACAAAAGCAGCAGAACCCGCUACAGUCACCAUCACUAAAGUUUUUGACUUCGCUGGAGAAGAAGUUAGGGUAAAUAAAGAGGUAUCAGCAGACUCAAAAGAGGCGAAGAUUUAUCUGAAGAGCCUUAACACCGAACAGGAGGAGGAUGGAGAGGAAGAGAAGAGCUCAUCACCCAGUCAACCAACUCUCCCUGGCACCAGUGCUAAACGGCCAGCAGGCGUGUCCAGCAUCCUGAGUCGUUUUGGGGGAAAGAAACAGAAGAUGAGCACGCUUGAGAAGUCAAAGAUGGACUGGGAUGCGUUUAAAUCGGAGGAGGGAAUUACAGAGGAGCUGGCCAUCCACAACAGAGGCAAAGAAGGGUUUGUGGAGCGGAAGAACUUCUUGGAGCGAGUGGACCACCGCCAGUUUGAGUUAGAAAAAGCAGUGCGACUGACCAACAUGAAAAAUUGACAGAGACUGACAACACGCACACACACACACACACACACACACACACACACAUACACACACAGUGGAACAGAUGUUUAGACUGCCUGUCUCUCUCUCUCUCUCUCUCUCUCUCUCUCUCUCUCUCUCUCUCGCUCUCUAAUGACAGAGUUGAUAUUCCCUCAGUGAAGGGAGCUCAGACUGGUGCAGUGGCUUCCGUCUAUUUCAGGGCAGGGAUAUUAAUAGGCUGAGUUUGUGUAAUAGUUGGGUGUUGAGUGUUCUGUCCUUCCAUCGCUGUGAGAACCAAUUAGAGUUUCAAACCUUCACACUGAGGGAAUUUGUACACAGUGAAGUCAUUCUUGCCUGUUCUUCUUCAGAGGGCUGAUUCAGAACCAGGACUGGAAUCAUUUACAACUUAUUUUUGUAAUUUUGUCUAUACCUUCUAUUUGUAAUUAGUCCAAGAAACACAAGCUCUCACACAUUCUCAGGGGCAGACUUAACUGCUACUGAUUACAACAAUACGAGCCAAUGCGAAUAGGAAUAAAGCAGAAUGAAUGUUUAAUUGAUAACUGGUUAAAUUUCAGUACAGCUGUAGAGCGACACGCUGAUUUUUUACCACUGGAAAUGUUCCUUGGAAAUGUGCCCAUUUCCUCCGGGCAUUAACACGUGACCUGUAUGAGGACAUAAUGAAGACAAAGCUGUAAAUGCAAAGGCAUGUGAUCAAAUGUCUCCACCCAGAUAGAAAUGUUCCAUCUAUGUUCUUUCACACAGAAAACUUCACAUUCCAGGUUAUAAUACAUGGUUGUGUUAAAGCUUCUGCUUAUACAUAAUUCAACUUUGUACUUGUCUUCUCUUUUAGUUUGGAAUGUGGACAGUAUAGAAUCCUGUGGUGUUUGUUUAGCAAAUGUCACUAUGAAGAAGCCACUGUUAUAUUAUGAACAUUUUGUGGCACCACAGCAACACAAACCAGGGCUCUGUGAUUCAAUGUUUCUUACCAGUGCACCCUAGUACUCUAAUCUAGUGUUAUACCCAUUCUUGGUAGUAAUAUUAAAAAAAGAUAUUCUUUGAAACAUCACAGCACAUCCUCAGGUCAUGUUUUGUCCUGCUGAUGAACAAACAGAGUAUGAGUCGGCAGAAAAUGUCUAAUUCAGAGGCAGAGAGAUGAGAGGGGUAUUUGAUCUCCUGCCAUUUGACUGGCGUCUUAAUUCAGUUCUCUGUUAAUUCAUGUAAAUAUUAAAUAUCCAAUAAACACACUCUUUCUUUGUU